CCAACUGCCACCUGGUGCAUUCUGCAUACCUGACCGCCCUGCACACCAUGCCGUAUCUUCCGUUCGGCACCCCCUCAGCAUACACUGACUCGUUCCCUGCCCCGCCCCCGAAGCAUGUCACCGUCACUGCCGACACCUGCUUCAAUCUCACUGUUUUCAGAGAGAUCGUGCGGCAGUACCGCAAGCUGGACGACCAGAUCAUCAUCCGCUUGAACAGGGCGCAAGCUGAGCUCAGAGAUCAGUCACGGACGUUAGGCUCUUCUUGGAUUCCUGCCAAAUCCAUGGACGGCGCCGAGGGGAUGUGUGUCAAGCUCUGGGCAGAGAUGAUGGAGGGGUGGGUUCACCGACAGACUCUUCUGACUUUUUGUCAGCAAUCCGUCAAAUCUUCUGAACAGGUGAACGUACAGGAGGGCGGACAUGCUCGUGGCCUGAGAGAAGCGGAAGUAUUGGGAGAUCAAUUGGCAAGUGAAGAAAGUAUCGAGGCAAUCAUCAGAAAACGAACUCUCGACGCCUUCAAGAGUCGCUGCCCGUAUUUCCAUCCUUCCGAUCUCAAUUCAAGGUCGUGGUGGAACCUCGCCGAUCAGGGCUUCAAAGGACACAUUUCCGAGCCAUCUUCGUGAUUCAAUCGGCCAUCAUCCCUCCAACACUGCAAAUGGCCAGGCUACUUCACUUCUCACAUAUACCAGCUACAGAUUCUCCAGACCA